AGAAGCAAGUGGCAUUGGACUAGACAAGUCGAUUGUUUGAGGCCGAGUGCAUGACACUCGCUUUCUUUUUUACUCUUGUUUUAAGUUGGACUAAAACUCUGCGCCGACUUCUUUAUUUUGGAUAUCACUGCGUGUUUCUAUGUCCUGAACAUGUGGAGAGUCUUCAUUGAAAGGAAAAAAAGAGCGACGCUUACGUUCACACCAGAAGACAAGAGAGAAUGUUAAAGAAUUUUUGCCUUUUGUGGGAUUUCAAUAGGAUUUCUUUGACACGACAAAGACUUCGACUUAGACAAGGGGAUCUUAGAUAUAUUUGAAAAGGAUGGGUUAAAGAGUGAUAACUUUUAUAAAAGUGAAGUCUCCUGACGUCAAUUCAGCGUCAAGGCUCCACCUCGCCAAUCAAUGGGUCAGUUAUCUGGCACAGUAGAAGUUUAAUGGAGUUACAAUAUUAUUUUCGGUACAUUACUGAAAUAACUUAAAGAAGAUAAAUAUGAAUGGCACGGCAGCUAGCGCUUACCUUGCAGCUGUCAAAUGGGACGAUGAAGAUCUCUAUCUUCAAGAAUUCACUCAGAAGUAUGCGCUUCCUCAAGUGGCCAGAAUAACCAAAGGACAGUAUAUGAACCUUGGUGUUCCUUCUUUAUCAAAUCCAUCACUCAAUCAAAUUGUUCUCUUUACAAAAACAGGAAAGCGAAUAAAAGUUGCUGCUCAAUGCGUGAAGUUUAAGGAUGGAAGUCGCGUCGUCCCAGUUGGCACUAAAUUAUCCAUUCCCGACAACUAUGAAGGUUGGUUUGAAAUUUUAUCGGAAGAUGGCCGAGCAGUGCGCUGCAUCGAAAGUAUAGCAGAAUUGUUGAAGAGAUUUCCGGAAACGUGCCUUGUACGAGAAAAUAUUAAAGCGUAUUUGGCCAAAUCAGAUGAUGCUGAAGUCAUAUCAGAUAAGACAAGAACAAUAAAUGCAGGCGAGACUUUGAUUCUUCUCAGUGAAGUCCAUGUUACAUCAUCUAAAUCAAAGUCUUCUGGGAGAUAUUUAAGAUGUUUUACAACAAAGGGAGAAACUGUCUUCUUUAAUGUUGAACAAAAAGGAAAAUUUAGUCCCAUUGCUGGGGAAGAAAACAUAUCUGGAGUCCAUACUAUAAAAAAUCUAUCUACUAAGCGCUUUCCUUUGAUGGUGCGGUUAGUUCACGGUAAACCACCUUCUGGAAUAAAGAACAAUUCCCAUUUUGUAACUGAAAUGAGGCUAUAUUCUCUUUUUGAAGAAGAGUGUAUUAUGGCACUUCCUUUACUUAAAGAUACCCAAGUCAUUGCUCUUCCACCUUCAGCUCCUCUGAAGGUCCAAGCUCCCAGAAAUCCAGAGAAUCUGCUAAAGCUCAAAAUCUACGAUAUUCUGGUUGAAAAGUGCAAGAGCAUUGUACAAGAGGCCUCCGAUAAAAUACAAGUAUUUGAUAUUUCCCUCUCGAAAGAAAUUCGAGGAGAAAAAUUUCAACUCAGCCAACGAAUGAAGAAUUUAUCUCCACUUCACCGCAUUCAGCGCAGUGUUUCAGAUCCGAAUUCAAAAUAUAAGGAUAAUCCUAAAGCAGAUCCUUCCUCUGUCGAAAGUCAGCAUAAUAACAAACCCCAAGUCACUGACAAUUAUGACGAAAUAGAUCAAAUCUAUGAUUAUGUGCGAGGCUUUGCGCCACUUCCAGUCAAAGCUACCCAAAAUGACAACUGCAAUGGACAUCAUUCAUCAAAUAGUGGAUCCCCAUCUAGUUCUCCAACCACCAUGGACUCGGGUGCCAGCAGUGAAACUCCUGAUGAUAGACCAGAGCCACCUCCAGUUGAAACCAUCCCUGUGCGCAGGAUGUCUAUGAAUGAUGCAUUGAUUUCAUCUGAUAUGACUAAUAAAAUAAUCAACAAAUCACAUGAUAUAUCUUCCAAAGAUACAGAUUUAGUUGAAGGCCAUAUUUAUGAGAAAGUUGGUGUUAAGAAAGAUUCUAAAAAAUUCACUUCUGAAAGUCAUGUGAAAGUCAACAACAAUGGUGAAAAACUUUUUAUUCCUCAUCAUAUAAACCAUGGGGUUAAAAAAAUAUUAAUGAAAGGUCCAGCACAAAACCGAAUUCAGCAUAAAUCAAAAUUCUUUAAGCAUUCAAAGAGUUCUCCAGUACUGAAAGAUGCCCCGUCAUCGAAAUCCAACCCACGUCAUAAGAAUAAUCGAAGCAAGUCUCUUACUACUUCGCCAUUGUUCAAUAUACGUUAUAAAUCACUUAUUAACUUGGCAAUGGACUUUGAUACCCUUGAUUCCAGCAACUCUGGCGAUAAAACUUCUUUCGGUUCAGGAGGAUCGAAAGAGCACAAAUGCGAAAGAAAAAAUAGAUUGCAAAGACCGAAAUCAUUGAUCGAUAUAUUUGGGGAAGUGAACGAAAUCGAAAAUUUUUGCAAACAUAGGAAUUCUAUUACUAAUGGCAUUGAAAAUAGAAAGCUUAUUUUUUCUCACGAGACGGUUAAUGGUAAAUUGCUGAAUGGCCAUCACAAUAAACGUAUAGGAACUUUAUACCUUUGAUGAUAGACUGUUUUACGCAUUUCAAAUUGAAUAUGAUUGUUUUCAAAAUGAUUACGUUUUUAUCAGCUUACGCGUAGUUCAUUUUCUCCGAAUAUCAGUAAGUGCUUUUUUGUAAAUAAACAUUGAAAAUUUAUUUUGGAAAAUAAAAUUAUGUAAAAAGAUCGCAUUAAAUGGGAUUGUUUGAUUUUAUUUUAGAAAUGACAUUGUUAGCACUUUGAUAUCUAAAGAGUGUAUUUUUGAA